AUGUCUUCGGUCAGCUCCCAAGACAACAAGCAUGACAAGCUCCACCGAGAGGACAAUGCUACCAGUGCUCUCGAGGCUCGCACCUGGGACAAGGAGUUCGAGCGCAAGACAAUGUGAGUAGACAACAUAUUUUGCGAGUCGAUUGGGAGCGCUUGGCUCCCCGCGGGGUGACUACUUCGAGCUGGCUCGCUUACAGUCUUGUGUGCCUCUCUUUCUAAUUACAGGCAGAAGGUCGAUCGCCGCCUUUUGAUUAUUCUCGGUGCCCUCUAUGCCAUCUCACUUAUUGACAGAACGUCAGUACUUUACCAGCCCGAGUCUGUUCUGCUGCGCAGUGACCUAGUCCUUGACUGACAGCCUUGGCACUUGUUUCAUUCCAUCUCACAGCAACAUCUCGGUCGCUCGUGUUGCUGGUAUGGCGACGGAUUUGCGAUUGACCGUUGGCCAACGCUACUCCAUCAUCACUUGUGUCGUAGGUUAUCAGCGUCCGCGUUACUCAGCGCCAAGGAGAAAUAUUGAGCUGACCUAUGCGCCACCCUCACCCUAUAGUUUUUCCCUCCUUACAUCGUUUUCGAGCUCCCGUCCAACAUCCUGCUCCGCAAGAUUGGUGCUCGCAACCUCUUGUCCGCCAUCGUCGUCCUCUGGGGUGCUGUCAUGCUCGGAAUGGGUUUCGUCACCAACUGGCACCAGCUCGCCGCCUGCCGUGUCCUCCUCGGUCUCCUCGAGAGUGGUUUCUUCCCUGGUUGCGUCUUCCUGAUCUCGUGCUGGUACACCCGAUACGAGACACAAAAGCGCAUGGCCUUCUUCUACCUCACCUCGAUGGUCAUCUCUGGUUUCUCCAACAUCCUCGGCUACGGUAUCUCCAAACUCGGCGGCCAACACGGCAUCGCCGCAUGGCGAUGGAUCUUCAUUGUCUUCGGUGCUGCGACCAUCGGCCUCGGCUUGCUCGGAUUCGCUUUGAUCGUCGACUUCCCCGACAAGGCCACUUUCCUCACCCCUGAUCAAACCAAGAUGGUCCAGGAGCGCAUCGAACUCGACCGAGGCGACUCGGCCCCCGAUCACCUCACUUUCAGCUCGUUCAUGAGGCACCUUUUCGACUACAAGCUCUGGAUCUUCGGUCUCUGCUUUUGCUUCUCGACCAUGCCCGCCUACGCCUUCUCUUACUUCCUUCCCGUCAUCCUCGCUGGUGGUGGAUAUUCGAACGAGCUUUCCUUGAUCCUCUCUGCACCUCCAUACGUCUUCGCCGCCCUCCACACCUUCGCGAUUGCCUACGGUGCUGAUAAGAUGCGCAAGCGUGCCCUCUUCAUUGCCAUCAACGCCAUCGUUUGCACCAUCGGCCUAAUCAUCAUGGGCUGGGGCGGCAAGAUCGGCGUCCGCUACUUCGGAUCUUUCCUCGCCAUUGCGGGUUGCCAGGCUAACGUCCCCGCGAUUCUCGCCUACUCGGCCAACAACGUGCGCAACCACUCCAAGCGCGCCGUCUCCUCGGCCAUCGUCAUCGGCAUGGGUGGUGUCGGCGGUAUCUUUGCCUCGCUUGUCUACCGCCAGCUUGACUACCCCCGAUACCUCCCCGGUCUCGGCGCCACGAUCGGCUGCCAGGGUGCGAUCCUCCUCAUGCUCGCCGGUCUCUCGUUCGCCUUCAGCCGGGCCAACGCAUUCGCUGACCGCAACGGCACCGAGAUUGAAGGAUCCACGACUUUCCGAUACACGCUUUAA